UAUCAAGCCCUAAUUACAAAUUGUGGACACAGGUGAGGCAAUCUUAAGAUCGUGACUAUGUUACUGAUUGGAGCUUGUCAUGUUCUUCUCAUACCUAAAUUUGGAAGGAUAAUCAAAGAAAAGAGAAAAUCAGCAUCAUCAUCUGGGGAUUAUUGUACAGAAGGAACGGUGUGGAAAGAUGAAUAAGCCAUACAUCUCUCAAAUUGGGCACCUGCAAAAAUCGAUAUAAUGGCUACUCCCUGUUAUUAAUGAAAAGAUUAGUCUGGCAUGGGGUGUGAAGGAUGACUUGAGAAAGCUUAUGACAACCUUGGAAUCUAUUGAGGCUUUGAUCUCUGAUGCUGAGGAAAAGCAGGCAAAGGAUGCUACUGUGCGACUUUGGUUGAAAAGGCUUAAAGGUGCUGUUUAUGAUGCCGAUGAUGUUAUAGAUGGAUUCUCUUAUGAAACCAUGCGUCGUUGUGAAAUGGGAAACAAGCUCAAGCACAAGAUCUCUGUUUCUAUGGGAGUGACAUUCUUCUAUAAGGCAGUUGGAUUGCACAAAGGACGGAAGGUGAUUGCAUUUUUAGGAGCGAAUAGGGGUACGAAUUGGAGGGUCUACCAGGUAGGAGUUCCUCCAGGGGUGUAGUACAUAUGACUGAACUUAGACAAUGAACCAGCUGUAGGUGGUGCAUUCUUGUCUUCAGUCUUUACAUACUUAGGUAGCAAUUAUGAAGAAACAGCAUUAUCAAACUUAUGCUACUUAAAGAUUUUUCUGAAGUAAUUUCUGAACUUUCGGAGUUUAAAAUUGUCUGUUUGACGUAUUUUUUUAAGAGCUGGAAUCGGAAAUGUAAACAUGACCAGAAAAAUCAAGCAGAACUAGUACUUGGAUUUUGAGAAA